AUGGCUGAGACCGCAACAAUCACCACGACUCCGAACGGGAAACAUGUCAGCAAGAUACCUGGCUUGGUUUCGCCAGCCAACGUGCCAGGCACUGUGGCUGAAUCGAAGGCGCCGACAGCUGCUCAUCCAGCACCGCCGCCGAGGACGCCGUUGAAUCAGAUCUACGUGCUCCCCGCUCCAAUUCGUACCUUCCCUCUUCCCGCCUUCUAUCCACACAAUCCGGUAUCGCUUCUCCACCUGGCCUACGUUUGGCUGAGCCAAAUCUUUCGUCCACCACCGCCCGAGCCGUCGGUUGUGCACGUGGGAGUGUGGGAUCCUGAAACGCGAUCUGUGCAUGUCAAACACCCCGCAUCCAUACGGGCCCUCUGGGAGCAAGGCUUCUAUGGUAAAGGCAGCCUCAGCCGAAGUGAGCCGAAUUGGCUGAAAAGGGAAUUGGCCAGACGAGGUUCGCCGGAAGCCAAAACGGUCAGCGAGUUGCGCACCGAGUCGAGACGAGAGGAACGACGGCUUGCUAAGUGGGAGCGGGCAAAGGCAGAACUGGAGGCGGUUGAACGCCAGAGGCUCGCAGAAGCCGAGCUCCAUGCCGCAGCUGCUGCACAAAGCAAGCUUAAUGGUGAUUUCAAUGGACAUAUUUGGGAGCCUGCCGAGUCGACAGCGCUUGCGACUAAGCCUAAUGGCUCCGCGCAUAAGACCAGUGGGCAGCUUAAGGCCCCUGUGGGGCCAAUGGAAUUGCUAUCACUACCCAAUUCUUCAGCGAUGCUCAAUGGCUCCACAACCAAGUUCACUGGGCAGUUCAUGGCACCGGUUGGACCAAUGGAAUUGUUAUCACUACCCAAUUCUUCAUCGAAGCUCAAUGGCACCACGGUCAGGCUCACCGGGCAAUUCAAGGCCCCUGUUGGACCGAUGGAACUGUUAUCACUACCCAAUUCUCUCUCGGAUCUGGAGCUGAAAGCGCCCUGUGAGAGAGAGAUCCGAGCUGAUCUACUUGGGAGUUCUGUUUCUAGCCAUAAUGAGCCGAAAUUGGUCAACGAUGAUGAGCACGCGGUCGAGGCGAGUGCCCACGCUCAUAGCAGCCAACUCAUGCAUGAACUCUUCGUCAACGGUGAUCAGCCUAACGGCCACAUCAACGGGGUUUAUUCCUUGGCUUCCAAUUCUUCACUCCCCACCCCAACCGCGGAACCAAGCAAUGGGACCAAGGAUAUAAGGAAGCUCGAGCCCCCGAAGCGCCGAAAGAGCGUCCGCUUCUCUCCCAAUGUCGAGUCUACCACCUUUCAACAUUCUGAUCCUCCGAACACCAAUCACUCUCCGGAUGUUGCCUCCAAGGUUGAUACGCCUGAACCUAUCAACGGAGAAAGCAUAUCUGAGCCGGUCCCCUCCAAGCUCUCGCCUAUAACUGGGCCACUCUCCAUGGAGACGGCGUAUUCGAGCCUCGACACAACGACCAACGUGUCCGAGGUGGAGAACAAGGAGCAUUUCCAGCUCUCACCAGAAGAAGCAUUCUUCCUUGUCUUUUCUCUAGGGGCUCUAUCGGUUGUGGACCCUGUGACCGCGUCCCCUAUCCCGCCGGAGCAUCUACUGAGACUUUUCCGGUCAUACUCCUAUUUUCCUCCCCGAUCUGGUGGUCUCAGGCCUGAUGACCCUUUCCUUGUAAACUAUGCUGUGUAUCACCACUUCCGCUCGCUCGGCUGGGUGCCCCGUCAUGGCAUCAAGUUCGGCGUUGACUGGAUCCUCUACCAACGUGGGCCAGUCUUUGACCACAGCGAGUUCGGCAUCAUGAUUCUGCCCGCGUUUUCUGAUCCGGCAUGGGCCGAGUUUGAGCACGAGGUGCCCAAGAGGUCGUGGUCGUGGCUGAUGGGCGUCAACCGGGUUCUUUCGCAUGUCCUCAAGAGCCUGGUGCUCGUGUAUGUUGACAUACCGACCCCGAUCGUGUUCGAGGAAUCGAUGGAGAGGGGAGGCAUCGCAGCUGCGCUGAAGAAGUACACUAUCCGCGAGGUUAUGGUUCGGCGGUUUUCGGUCAAUCGGAAUAGGUGA